CACUCGACGAAUUUACAUGUAUGUACCUAGUUGACCAGUCUUCGAUCGUCUUUCCUCGCAUACAGAUAAUACAAAUAGUGACGCCUGAAAAUGAUGCACCAGAGAGCAGAAUUAAGCCCAGAGGAGGGGGAGCCCCAGGCCCCGGCGCCGGACAGAGGCCGGGGGGGCGCCGGGCCGGAGGAGGCAGACGAGGCCGCAGAGAACAUGACCCCAAGAGACGCAGAGAACAUGACCCCAAGAGACGCAGAGAACAACAGCAGUAACAUGAGCGCGUCUUCCUUGGCCACUGCUGAGGAAAGCUCAGUGGACGAGUAUGCAGAGCUAACAAAUGCCCUGGCAAUAGAUUGUGAAAUGGUGGGUGCUGGACAGAGAGGCAGAAUAUCUAUGCUAGCAAGAGUUUCUGUCGUAAAUGAAUAUGGCGUAGUACUUCUGGACAAGUAUAUUAAGCCCUGGAAGAAGGUUGUCGACUACAGGACAAAAUAUUCAGGGAUUCGAGAAGCUGACUUAAAAUAUGGGGAAGAUUUUAGCCACGUCAGGAAGCAGGUGCUAGAGUUGCUCAAGGGGAGAAUCUUGGUGGGCCAUGCCUUGAAACAUGACCUUCAGGCACUUUCCAUUACUCAUCCAAGAGCACUUACCAGAGACACAUCAAUGUACAAAGGUUUCCGUAGCAAGUUUGAAGGUAAGACUCCGUCCCUAAGGAAGCUGAGCAUGAAGUUUUUGGGUAUGAAGAUCCAGGAAGGGGAGCAUAACUCGGUUGAAGAUGCACAAGCAACAAUGAGUCUGUACAUGCUUUGUCGAAAGCAGUGGGACCCUAAACAGAAGAAGAAGAGGAACAAUGCUAGUAAAGAAUAUUAUAAAUAUGAACCAAGAAAAGAAAGCAGAAGAACCAACGUCACGUCAUCUUCAUACUUCGGCCAAGUCAGCAAGCUCCCGUCAUUUGAAACCAAAAACGACAAGAAUAUUGAGAUUGUGACAAUAUACGGUAAUCAUCAGGAAUUAGGCAAGGAAAAGGAUGAGGAGCAGGCAAAUUGUGAGAGUUCUGAGUUGAAAAAAGGUCUGUCUGAAAAUGACCCUUCAACUCUUGGUUCUAAUGCCAUCCAGACAGAAAAGACAAGUGGUAGUAGUAUUAUGUCAACCCCGGAACAACAGAACGAGAUCUAAAAACCAGGCAAAAGCAUCUGGCGAAGACCUGGAUCCAUCAUGCUGACCUUAAAUCAGUACAAGAUGCACAAGUGGUAAUGCUAGGUUAAGAAUGUUACCAUCAACAGUGAAGGAACACUGUUUCAAAAUAAAAACAGAAUGAGGUAAAAGAAAAGAAAGACAAAAGAAAAAAAAAUGCAGAAUCCAAGAAGGUAAUAGCAAGUAAGGAACUUUCUUUCUUUGUAUAAGUGAAAUUUGUAUUUGUUUUUGUUUCUAAUAUUUUGUUGCUAACAUUAUAAGGUUUAGAGAUGAUUGCAUUAUGAUUUUAUGGUAUAAAAAAAGUUAUUGUUUUCAGUUCAGAUACUUUACCAGAUAUUGUUAAGUUUGUGUUCACACAAAAGAAAAUAAUCAGGUAAAUUGAAAAGCACAAGAUAAUUAUAAAUAUAUAUAUUAUUUACAUUUCUUUGUCACAUUUGUUGAUUAAAAAUAGAUUGGUGAA